GACUCAUUUAGAAGUCAGACCGAAAGUAACGCAAGGCAUUCGUUGGAGGGAGAUUUGAGAAAAGACCUAACGAAUCUGCGAAGUCUUUCCUGAGUCAAGACCUUUUAGACUAGAAAUACCAAAUUAAACUGCUCUUAUGGAAGUGGACAUAAUAACGACGCCAAAAGGAUUUCAUUGCAAACUAUGCAACAUCGAUAUGCCAAACAAACCUAGUUUGGAUGAGCAUGUGAAAGGGCGAAAGCACAAGACGUUGACCGACGUGCGCGCCACCCGGCAGGCGCAGGAGGAACGCAGCGUGUUCGUCAGCGGCUUCCAGAAGGACGCUUCUCAGACCCAACUCACAGAAUACUUCCAGCGCUUCGGAGAUGUCGAAAAUGUUAUCUUUGACAAAGACAAGGGCGUAUACGCCAUCGUGCAGUUCAGUGAGAUUGAAGGCCAGCAGACGGCCCUGUCCCAGCUGGUACACGAAAUUAACGGCCAGAGGUUGCGGGUGAAGCCACGGGAGAAGAAGGGCUUUAAGCUCAUCAACAAGAAGAAGACAGACUUCCAAAACCUCCAAGAGGUUCUGGAGCGGCUUAAACCGGUGUUGGUUCAGGCUGAGACGGUGAAUGAGCAGAUGCACUGUGUGGUGGAGCGCAUUCAGUUGACGGAGAACAAGAAGAAUGCCCGAGCGCUGCUGGUCCAGCUGAUCCAGGAGGUCUUCACAGAGUUCUUCCCUGACAGCCAGAUCAUGGCGUUCGGCUCUUCCGUGAACACGUUUGGGAUCCACUCCUGUGACCUGGACCUGUUCCUAGACCUGGAGAACACCAAGACCUUCCAGGCCCGCGCCAAGUCCUCCACAGAACCGGUGGCGGAGGCCUCCUCGGACGACGGCCGCUCGGAGGACUCCAUCCUGUCGGACAUCGACCUGUCCACGGCGUCUCCCGCCGAUCUGCUGGAGUUGGUGGCGGCCAUCUUGAAGAAGUGUGUGCCCGGCGUGCACAAGGUGCAGGUGGUGGCCAGCGCCCGGCUCCCCGUGGUAAAGUUCCACUACCACCAGCUGGACCUCCAGGGGGACAUCAGCAUCAACAACAGGCUGGCGGUGAGGAACACACGCUACCUGCAGCUCUGCUCUGGGCUGGACGCCCGGCUGAGGCCCCUGGUAUACACCAUUCGCUACUGGGCCAGGCAGAAACAGCUGGCUGGAAACGUAGGCGGUGCUGGCCCGCUGCUCAACAACUACGCCCUGACGCUGCUGGUGAUCUUCUUCCUGCAGAACAGCGAUCCUCCGGUCCUGCCCACGGUGGACCAGCUCAAAGCCAUGGCCUGUGAAGAGGAGGAGUGUGUAAUUGAAGGGUGGGACUGUACCUUCCCCAGCCAGCCCAUCGCUGUCCCUCCCAGCAAGAAUGAGCAGGACCUCUGUGUGCUGCUGGCUGCGUUCUUCUCCUUCUACGCCACCUUUGAUUUCGCCGGCAGCGUCAUUUCCCUCCGGGAGGGCCGCGCGCUCCCGGUCACUUCCUUCAUCGGCCAGACCAGGGAGGAGACGACGCAGGAGGAGGAGGAGGAGGAGGCCAUGGAGGAAGAACAACCCCGCCAGCCCCACAACCAGGCCCUCAAGCUGGGGCCCCUCAACCUCCUUGACCCCUUCGAGCUCUCCCACAACGUGGCGGGGAACCUGAGCGAGCGCAGCCAGCUCAACUUCCAGAGGGAGUGCCAGGAGGCGGAGAAGUACUGCCGAAGCCUCCAGUACCUCCGCAAGUCCACCAAGGGGAAGCCCUGGGGGCUGGUGCGCCUCUUCACCCCGCACGGCGAAGGGCCCAAGCACAAGAACCAGGACGGCUCCGCCGACAAGGACAUGAGCAUCAGCAUCCCCUUCAGGCUGGCGCUGCUGCCCGAGGGUCUGCGCGCCCAGCUGCAGCAGGCCGGGGACGACUUCCGGCCGCUCUGGUUCCAGAGGGUCUGCGUGGCCGUGGUCCAGGUCUUCCAGAACGUCCUCAAGUGCGGCCCCGGGUCCCUGACGGAACCGACGCCGGCGGGGGACCCGGGCCACGCCGACGCGGCGCCCGGAUCAUGCGUGUCCAUGGACGCCACCUCAGAGGAGCUGAACACGUCCAACGACAGCGGCGUCGCGGGCCAGGACAGCCCCCGAAGCACCGCCGCCGCCGCCGUCGGAACCAAGAGGCCCCUGUCCUCGGAGAGCAGCGACGCCUCGACGUCCCCCCAGGGGAAGAAAGCGAGGCUGGGGCGCGGGCCCAAGCCCGGCGCCCCCUGCUGGACGUGGAGCCAGACGCAUGCGGUGUGGGCGGGCCGGAGGAAGGUGAGGCGGGAGCUGGUGAAGGAGACGGUGGACUCCAGGCCGGAGGGCAGCAGCACGGCGCUGGAGACCCAGGUGACGGAGCACAUCUUGGAGAAGCAGCCUAGGGUGAAAGUGCCGCUGGUGUUCAGGGUCCAGGCGAAGCUGGUGGGCGCCACGCAGAGCACCAAGGUCCUUCUCCAGAUCCACCCCCCCAGUGAGGGGAAGGACCACUUCCGGGACUUCUUUCAUUUCCUUGAAGUGUUCCUGCCAAAGAUGGUGGACACACUAAUGGAGACAACUAUGUAGGAUGUAUGGGGGAGUUAAAGAAAUUGGUUCAGCAUGUUUUUCCAAAAUGUUGAGAAUUUUUUUUGUAUUUUGCUACUGAAGGAGUUGUGUCUCACAAAAAAAUAUUUUUGAGGUUAGGCAACACCACAAAUGCUUAUCGGUACUGUGCUUUGGUGAAUCAUUUUUAAAAGGUUGACCGUACUCUCGCAAUGUUUGUUUAGAUAAAAACUAAAGAAAAGCAUGUUUUUUUUUUUUUUCUUACGUUGAAAGAUUUAACUUGAAUAAUAAACUUUAGGAAUGCAUAUUUCAAAGAA